GGGGGGGUGGCCAUUAGUGGAGUGGAAGAGGGCAGUGCCGGGGCCCCAGAGGUGGAGCCCCACGGGGAGCUGGGGACCUGCCUGGCUCACCCUGUUCAUCUCAUGCUCCCCUCCUCCCACCCCACACUCCUUUUCAGCCUCACUCUUUCACCAAAGCUUGUGAUCGACUCAAACCUCCUUGCCCUGUCUUUCCCCUGCUUGGAAGACAUGUCUGUCCCUGUGUGCAUGCCUGCCUCCCUCAUCCCGCAAGCCUCACCUGUCACGUCCCCUUGUGCAGACUGCUGCCCCAGCACAUGCUGCUCCUUCUUGCCAUUUCCAUCUUCCUGGGGAUGGGCCAGCCCAGGAGCCCCAAAGGCAGGAGGAAGGGGCAAGGGAGGCCUGGGACCCUGGCCCCUGGGCCUCACCAGGUGCCCCUGGACCUGGUGUCGCGGGUGAAGCCCUACGCCCGCAUGGAGGAGUAUGAGAGGAAUCUAGGGGAGAUGGUGGCCCAGCUGAGAAACAGCUCCGAGCCAGCUCCGCGGAAGUGUGAGGUCAACCUGCAGCUGUGGCUGUCCAACCGGAGGAGCCUGUCUCCUUGGGGCUACAGCAUCAACCACGACCCCAACCGCAUCCCCGCGGACCUGCCCGAGGCGCGGUGCCUGUGUCUGGGCUGCGUGAACCCCUUCACCAUGCAGGAGGACCGCAGCAUGGUGAGCGUGCCGGUGUUCAGCCAGGUGCCGGUGCGCCGCCGCCUCUGCCCGUCGCCACCGCGCCCCGGGCCCUGCCGCCAGCGCGCAGUCAUGGAGACCAUCGCUGUGGGCUGCACCUGCAUCUUCUGAGCACCCGCCCUGCACUGAGCCGCGCAAGGCUGAUGAGACGACGCUGUCCUUUGUAACGCAAGCCUUUGGCUUUGCUCUUUGUGGCUGAAAGUAAAAAUUGGGGUGGGGCUUGGAGCUUCUUGGAGUCAGAUAUCAGAUCAAUAUAAAGAAGAUUUUCCAACAUUCUGA